CAUUUAGUUGUUGGUCAGGCUUAAUAGAUACAUGCAACCAAACAAAUCCAUCCUGGCUUGUUAGAGGUUGUAGAGGACACGAACCAACCACACCCUACAGCGACAAAUGCAAUUCUUUGGGUCGCUUUUUCUGCGUAUAAAGCAGCCAUUGCAGCCUCCACUGGAUCCCUAGCCCAGUUUAUCGAGAAAUUAAGGCCCAAGAAUCUUGGUCUAACGAACCCUUGGCUGGGCCAACCCCAGAAACUGCCUGCUUUCCCCUGCCGGCGGCAUGACCACGAUCACAUCACGGGCAAACGACCUAGCUGAGCAGAGGAGUCCGGCUCCGAGAGCACCAGAGAGUCGGCAGCAGCACCGGGGGAUGGCGGAGGAGGAAGGCGGCGCGGCCCAGCGGACGGUGGAUGCCCCUCCGCCGGAGACGGAGAGCAUCGUGUGGAGCGAGGACAAGGGGAGGUUCGAGACGCCCGACGGCGAGGCCUUCCUCCAGUACCGCCUCCUCAGCGGCCACGGGGGCGGCGCGGCACCCGCGGUGGCGGUGAUGGACAUGGUGCACACGUACGUGCCGCGGAGCAAGCGCGGGCAGGGCCUCGCGGCGCGGCUCUGCGACGCCGCCUUCGACCACGCGCGGGGCCGCGGCAUGCGCGUCCUCCCCACCUGCUCCUACAUCUCCGACACUUACCUGCCUCGGAAUCCGGCGCUGAAGGAGCUCGUGUACAAGGAUGAAGAAUCCCAUCCCAAACCCAGCAGCAUGUAGUUGUUGCUUGUACAAGAAACCAAAUGCAACUAAAUAAAUAAGCAGAUAUCCGGCCAAUAGAAAUUUCUGUUGUAUAUCUCCAAAGGCCUUGGUGUCAGAUGUUA